AUGGCCGAGGAAAUUUCCAUCGACAAGAACGUCUUCCACGACCGCCUGUCGUCCUUCAUCUCGCAAUGGAAAGCCGACAAGCGCUCCGGCGAUGCCGUCUUCAACGGUGCUAGCUCCAUUGUCAUCAUGGUCGGCAAGGCAAAUGAUGCCCAAGCCUACCCCAAAAAUGUUGCCUUCCAGCUUUGGCUGCUAGGCUACGAAUUCCCUACUACGCUCUUCGUCAUCACCCAGGACGCUAUCCACAUAGUCACCACGAAGAAGAAGGCUGCCUAUCUAGAGCCUCUCAAGGGUGGCAAAGUCCCGGUCGAGCUUCACAUCCGUGGCAAGGAUGCUGAGGAGAAUGCCAAGCAAUUCCAGCAGUGUCUGGAUGUCAUGAAGGCUGCCGGCAAGAAAGUUGGUGUGCUGACCAAAGAUCAAUCAAAUGGUCCGUUCGUUGAGGAGUGGAAGAAGGCCUACGGCGACAUCUUCAAGGAUGUUGAGGAGGUUGAUUGCGCGCUCGCUCUUUCUAGCGCUGCGUUGUCUGUCAAGGACGAGAAGGAGCUGAGGGCUAUCCGUGACGCGUCGAAAGCGUCGAGCGGUAUUGCCAACUAUUUCGUCGAUGAAAUGUCCGAGAUCCUCGACGCCGAGAAGAAAAUUACACACCAAGCGUUGGCUGACCGCGUUUCCGGCAAGCUUGACGACUCCAAGUUCUUCCAGAAAUUGAAGGUCUCGAAUAAUUUCGAUCCAAUGAAUCUGGACUGGAGUUUCCAGCCCGUUGUGCAGAGCGGUGGCAACUACGAUCUCAAGUUUUCGGCGGAUUCGGACAAGAACAACCUGCACGCGGGCGUUAUCGUGGCUGCCUUGGGACUUCGCUACCAAAGCUACUCUUCCAUGAUUGCGCGAACGUACAUGGUCGAUCCCAACAAGUCACAAGAGUCAAACUACAAGCUCCUCUCUCAGGUUCACCAGACCGUGCUGAGCAACAUCAAGGAUGGCGUCCAGGCGAAAGAGGUCUACAGCAAGGCCAUAGGUCUGGUGAAAUCCAAGAAGCCGGAUCUGGAGAAGCACUUCCCGAAAAAUGUUGGCGGUGGCAUCGGCAUCGAGAUCAAGGAUCCCACGCUACUGCUCAACGCCAAGAAUACUCGUACCCUGAAAGAUGGCAUGACUCUGCAGAUCUCCACUAGUUUCAGCGACUUGGUCAACUCGGAGCCUCAGGACAGCAAGAGUAAGAAGUAUUCUCUGAUCAUCACCGACACCGUUCGCGUAACUGCCAGCGAUGUCGUCGUUUUUACUAAAGAUUCGUCUUCGGAUCUGGAGUCCUGCUCUUUCUUCUUCAAGGACGAGGAGGAAGAGAAGGCUUCUAAGCCCAAGGCGAAGAAGGACCCGCGCGUUGGUGCCGUGGCAUCCUCUAACAUUACUAAGACUCGCUUGCGUCACGAGCGCCAGACUAACCAGAAUGCCGAAAAGGAAGAGGCACGGCGUGAGCAUCAAAAGGAGCUUCAUGCCAGGAAGCAGCGUGAGGGUCUUGACACGUACGGCGCUGGAGCUGGGACCAUCAACGGAACGGCAGAGAAGAAGUUCAAGCGGUUCGAGUCAUACAAGCGCGACAACCAAUUCCCCCCGAAGGUCAAGGAUCUGAUCGUGCUGGUUGACGAUAAGAAUCUUACCGUCGUUCUGCCUAUCAUGGGACGUCCGGUCCCAUUUCACAUCAAUACCAUCAAGAACGCCAGCAACAGCCCAGAAGGUGAUUUUACAUCACUUCGUAUCAACUUUCUAUCUCCAGGUCAAGGUGUAGGCAGGAAAGACGACCAGCCUUUCGAGGAUCCGACUGCUCACUUCGUCCGAAGCUUGACUUUCCGUUCGAGAGAUAUUGAUCGAAUGGAGCAGAUCGCCAAGCAAAUCACGGAGCUCAAGAAGGAGUCGGUACGCCGUGAACAGGAGAAGAAGCAGAUGGAGGACGUUGUGGAACAGGACAAGCUCAUUACUGUUAAGAACCGCAAGCCUGCUGUGAUCGACAUGAUUUUCGUCCGCCCAGCACUGGACGGCAAGAGAGUCCCCGGCGCGGUGGAGAUCCACCAGAACGGUCUUCGCUACAAUCACGGCAAUGGUCAGCACAUUGAUGUUCUGUUCAGCAACAUCAAGCAUUUGUUCUUCCAGCCCUGUCAGCAUGAGCUUAUCGUCAUCAUUCACGUGCACCUCAAGAAUCCGAUCAUGAUUGGCAAGAAGAAAGCCAAGGAUGUGCAGUUCUACAGAGAGGCUACGGAGAUGCAAUUCGAUGAGACAGGCAACCGGAAGCGCAAGCACCGCUACGGCGAUGAGGAAGAAUUUGAAGCUGAGCAGGAGGAACGCAGGCGGCGUGCUCAGCUCGACAAGGAGUUCAAGGUAUUCGCUGAGAAGAUCGCUGAUGCUGGGCGCAACGAGAAUGUUGGUGUCGACAUCCCGUUCCGCGAGCUGGGCUUCAACGGUGUUCCAUCGCGGUCUAGCGUGUGGAUUCAGCCGACGACGGACUGCCUAGUGCAGCUAACCGAGCCCCCAUUCCUCGUCCUUACCCUCAACGAGAUCGAGGUGGUUCAUCUUGAACGUGUCCAGUUCGGACUGAAGAACUUCGACAUGGUUGUUGUUUUCAAGGACUUCACACGGCCGCCGGCUCACGUCAACACGAUUCCAGUGGAAUCUCUAGAUGCGGUCAAGGACUGGCUGGACAGCGUUGAGAUUCCCUUCUCCGAGGGACCGGUCAACCUCAACUGGGCGACCAUCAUGAAGACUGUGCAGGCGGACCCGCACCAGUUCUUCGUGGAUGGCGGCUGGUCGUUCAUCGCAGCUGACUCUGACGAAGAAGACGGCGAGGGCGAGAGCGAAGAGGCAGAGAGCAACUUCGAGAUCAGCGACUCGGAGCUCGCCGAGAGCGAGUCGGAAUCAGAGGAAGAGAGCGAUUUCGACGAGUACGCGUCGGACGAGGAGAGCGAAGCACCCAGCGAUAUUAGCGAGGGCGAAGAUUGGGACGAGCUGGAGAAAAAGGCUAAGAAGAAGGAUCGGGAUGCUGGUAAUGAUUCGGAUGACGAUAGGGGCGGAAGGAAGAGGAAGCGGUAG